UCGGUUGUCUCCAUGCCGUAUGUACUUGGUUAGCAUUGCGUGACUUGAAUGACGAUUGUGAAAUCGGACAACUCUCCUGUUUUGACGAGUAUUACGCCUAAUUCGUUUUAACGAAACUACAGUACACAAUUUAGCGAAAGAAGGAAGGUUUUGUAAAAUUAAGAAGGUUCCUACAAUGCCUAGGGGAGGACGUAAGGGCGGUCACAAGGGGAAGAGCCGGCGAUUCAACAACCCGGAGGAAAUUGAUGCCCAGUUGAGAGAACAUCAAUGGAGGGAGCCCACGAAGGAAGGAAGUGGGGACGAGGAGCCGGUUACGAAACCGUUCCGGACGAUAUCGGACACCGACUCGGACUCGGACUCAGAUGAGGAUCAGGCACACAAGGGUGUCAGUCACCUCAUAGAUAUUGAAAAUCCAAAUCGGGUGGUGAACAAGAUGAAGAAAGCCUCGCAGGUUAAUGUCAACGAGUCGGGAACAGCUGCCUUAUCGAGACGAGAAAGAGAAGAGAUCGAACGGGAAGAGGCCAAACAGAGACACCAGAAGCUCUACAGAGAAGGCAAGACGCCGGCAGCCCAGGCCGACCUGGCGAGGCUAGCCAUCAUCCGCAAACAACGAGAAGAGGCGGCCAAAAAGAGGGAAGAAGAGAAGAAAGCGAAAGAGCAAGCGAAGGCUGCCGCAAGAAAAAAAUGACACUGUAGAAGAAAUGCCCGUAGUAAGAUAUGUUUGUAAACAAUAGUAGGGUUUAAUGUAGUAUCAUGUUUGUUAUUACCCAUAUGUCUGGGAGGAGCUAAGUUCUUUGGGGGGGGGAAUGAAAUAUGGGCUUUGAAUGUAGUAAGACAGAUUUGCUUCGUGGAAAACGAUAAGGGUGUAACCAACUGCAGACAUGUAGGGAAACUUUAUCCUUUAAAUCCUGAAGGAAAUAUUGGCAAAUUUCUGUUUGGUUUUUGUACGGUCUUUAUGCAAAUUCUUUUUCCUAUUGCUUUCUGAUGCCAAUGUGAAACCAAUGAAAUUGUUUGUGCUGUAGAGGCUUUGCGUGGUAGCCAUCUUGAAGGGCAGUUCUUCUGUUCUACAGGGAAGCCUCCUUUGUGCAUACGCUGUGGAACAAAAGCACUGGCCUACAAGAUGGCAGCCCAGAUGCAAUCCCUGUGUGAUUGUAUAUGGUUGGAUCUGGGAAGACAACGCGUUGAUUUCAGGAAAAAACAGUUUAAAUUCAGGACACCAUGGAUGCAUAUUUCUAAGUUCGUUGCCCUUUAAAUCAGGGGGAGAUUUUCUCAAGAUUUUACUGGUUUGGAAUCCCCCCGCCCCCAUGUUCAGAACGUUUAGUGGCUUAAUCAUUCAGAUUUGUCCACUUUUACCAUUUUUACCAAAUUUUCAUAUCCAUUUGCAAAAAGACUCAAGCGUUUUUAGCUAUUUGAGGCCCUAAAAUCAGUUGUUUUCUUUCAUUGCUACUGCUGUGUUUUGAGGUUCUCUCUUCCCCAAUCUCGCUCCUCAGAACAUUCAGCCCUGUGGCCCACACUACAGCUUUACAUAUCAAUCUUUAUUUUGCUCUCAAACUUUUUCCAAAAUGCUAGUUUUUCGAGUGAGAAUUUGUCAAUUCAUCCACAUCUAUUCAUAGAGUUGGGUUUUUGCUCCGAGUACAGAAAUAUUACACAGGUUUAAGAUUGAGUCAGUUUGAACUAAGCAUGUAAUCAUAUUUAGAAAUAUAACCUGCACUUCCAAAUGCCAGAACUGAAAGAGCUUUCUUUGAAUUGCUUUUUCUGCAUGAAAUAAGGCUGUUUACUGUAAAAGUGAAUGAUUUCUGAAAAUAUUGACCUAUUUAAAUAAUGAAGUACGCAGAGAGCCUGUUUUGGGUUGGUUAGUGUUUGAUAGAUAAAACACAACAAACUAUAGUCUUCAAAUAUUAAACGUUUCUUUUAAAAUCUUUAUUCAACUAUUCCUUUUUUCAUCCAUUUGUCAAUGUCAAACUAACGAAUGAUUGUUCAAUAUUCAUUGUUGAUUUUCUCCUAUGUAUGCUCAGAUACGGUCAAAUCACAUAC